AUGUCCAGGCAUGAUAUGUUUCCCUCUGCCAAGGCCAUUCUCUGCCCUUUGCCCACUCAGUGUGAGUGCAUCUCAGUCCACGUGGGGCAGGCUGGUGUGCAGAUUGGCAACGCCUGCUGGGAGCUCUACUGCCUGGAACAUGGGAUUCAGCCUGAUGGGCAGAUGCCCAGUGACAAGUUCAUCAGGGGAGGGGAUGAUGCCUUCUAUAUCUUUUUUAGUGAAACUGGGGCUGGGAAACAGGAGCCCCAGGCGGUGUUUGUGGAUCUGGACCCCACCAUGAUAGAUGAAGUUCAAACAGGCACAUACUGCCGGCUCUUCCAUCCAGAGCAGCUCAUCACAGGCAAGGAAGAUGUUGCCAAUAACAAUACCCAGGGUCGCUACACCAUUGGGAAGGAGCUCAUCGACCUGGUACUGGACCUGAUUUGGAAGCCAGUGAGGAAAGGGCUGAAGGCUGGGGUAGGGGGGAUGACUCUGGAUUCCUGUUGUGAGGUGGUCUGGAGACCAGAUUGGGGAAGGAUAGCUUCAGCCUCUGGGAGAAACACAAAGGAUCAGAACCAUUGA